GCGGCGCGGAGACGGCGGCGCGAGGGUCUCCUCCUCCUCCUGCUCUUCCUCCUCCUCCUCCUCCUCCGGCAGUGGCGGCGGUGCCGGCAUCCCCCGUGCCGCCAGGCCGGGAACAAAGGCUCGGCGGCGGCCGCCCGAAAUGGCGUCCCUCGGCUUAGGGGGGCUGAGCGCCGCCGCCCGCAGGAAGAGCGUCCCGUCCCGCAACGCCGCGGUGGAGCGGCGGAACUUGAUCACGGUGUGCAGGUUUUCAGUCAAGACUCUGAUUGACCGUUCCUGCUUUGAGACUAUAGAUGACACUUCCCCUGAGUUUAAUAAUUUCGCAGCCAUUCUGGAACAGAUUCUAAGUCAUCGACUGAAAGGUCAAAUCACCUGGUUCGGCUAUGAAAGUCCUCGUAGUUUUUGGGACUACAUUCGAGUAGCUUGCCGAAAAGUCUCUCACAAUUGCAUCUGCAGUAUUGAGAACAUGGAGAAUGUCGGUUCUUCUAGAGCUAAGGGUCGAGCCUGGAUCAGAGUAGCACUUAUGGAAAAACAUUUGUCUGAAUAUAUUUCCACAGCUCUGAGAGACUUCAAAACAACCAGGAGAUUUUAUGAGGAUGGAGCAAUUGUUCUUGGUGAGGAAGCAAAUAUGCUUGCUGGCAUGCUGCUGGGACUCAAUGCAAUUGAUUUCAGUUUUUGUCUGAAGGGGGAGGGACUGGAUGGCAACUUUCCAGCUGUCAUAGAUUACACACCCUAUCUAAAGUUCACCCAAAGUUCUGACAGCAUCAGCAGUGAUGAAGAAGAGCUAAGAACACUGGGCAGUAGUGGCAGUGAAGGCAGUACUCCAGAGAACAUUGGUCCUCCUUUCCUCACGGAUGAAAACAGUUGGUACAACAAAUGCAAAAGGGUAGAACAGAAGUAUCGGCUUGCAUUGGAACAGAAGGGUUACCUAGAAGAACUGGUACGGCUCAGAGAAAACCAGCUAUCCGAAUCUGUCUCACAAAAUAAACUGCUGUUACAAAGAAUUGAAGAUAUGGAUCUAGCCCAUAAAAUGGAGAAGGAACAGCUGGAAUAUAUCAUUGUGGAACUGCAAGACCAGUUGACUGUGCUAAAGAAUAAUGACUUGAGAUCAAGACAAGAAUUAACUACUCACCUCACCAAUCAGUGGCCUUCCCCAGGAGCUCUGGAUGUCAAUGCUGUUGCCUUGGACACUCUACUCUAUAGAAAGCACAAUCAACAAUGGGAUGAAAAAAGUUUUCAAAGUCUGGACCAAUUUUCGGCAGAUGUUAGUCUUUCUCAAACCUCUCUGGAUCCAGGCCACUCACAAGAUGGAAAGCAGGAUGGAAUAAACUUGUUAAAUGAAGGGAAGGAGGACACUCCAUCGUUGCUUGGCCUUUGUGGCUCUCUUACUUCAGUAGCAAGCUACAAAUCUCUAACAAGUCUGAAAUCAAGUGAAUAUCUUGCAAGUCCCACAACAGAGAUGACAAGUCCAGGCUUAACACCAUCUUGAGAUGCACACGAACAGGAAGGGCUUUGUGUU